AUGAGGGGCGUGGCUAAAUCGGGCGUGGCUAAAUCCCACGGUGAAGCAACUUUUUAUCAUUCACAUAUGUCGUGUUUAAUAUCUAGUAAAGACUGUCUAAAUAUAUAUAAAUACAAUUGCAUAGUACACUAUCUAUUCAAGCCAUUAUCCCUCUGA